AUGGAUAUGUACUAUAAUAAUGGUAUUCUCAAUUUUGAUGUUAAUAAUUUUGAUGAAGGUUAUGUUGGUCCAUUUACAUGGCAUGUUAAACGUUUAGCAACUUCAAUCAAUUUAAUAUGUUAUUCGACAGAUUUUUCAGAUAAAGAAGUUCAACAAAUACUCAAAGGUUGUGCUCAAGAAUAUUUAAAACAAGUUUAUGAAUUUUGUGAACAUCCAAAAGAUCAGUUUGCAUUAACAUUAAAAACUACAUCAGACAAAGUAAAAGAAAUAUUAAAUGAAACUCGUAUUCAAUUUCAUGCUGCGCAUUUGGGCUCAAUGACAUACAUUGAGAAUUAUGAUGAAAAAUGUAUUCGUUCAAAAUAUAUUAAAGAUGUUGAUGAUAAAUUAUGA